CACUAACACUAGCAACAUUCAAAAUAUGGCCGCGGAAAAGGCAACACCAGAGUGUCGAAUUUUUUCUGAAUUCAGAAAAGUCCGUUGAUUUAUCCCACAAGAAAUAUCCGUAUUGAUAUUUUUGCAACAACAAAAAAUCACCUAAAAUAUAUAAUAUAAAAAAAGAUAUAUUUCAAUAUACCGUACCGGACGCAGCGACGGAGGUUGGCGACAAGAGGCGCAGCAGCGUAACGUAAACGAAAAUGGUUGUGCUUGUUGUUACGUGAAAGCGAGAACGAAACGCUUAUUGCCGUUUAUUUAUGAAUCAAUUCCUUCGUUCCUUCGCCCGCUAAUUGUCCGACGGACCGGCCUUCGCCUGCCUGCCACCACCACCACCCCCCGGUCCGAUACGCACUACGGCCCUACGUUAAGCGACAAUACGCCGGCAUUUUGUUGUAUUUUUUGUUAAAUUUUUUUUCCGUGUGUGUGGAGUUUACUCUAAAACAACAACAAAUAAUAACAGCAACAAACAACAGGGUGUUCAUAAACAACGGAUAAUUACACAAAAAACAAAAAAAAUGUCAACAAUAAUUUACAAAAACAAAAUAAAUAAGAAAAGUAUUUAAACAAUCAAAAAUCAUUUACAAAAAUAAAAUUAGGGUAAAAAUAAUGUUGAAAAGCAUCUACAAAAAACAGGCGGCCACAACGACAACAACAAAAACAAACGCAAAACAAAUUUGAAACUCUGUCGCUCUGUUGUGCAAUUAAAAAUAUAUAAGUUUAUAGAAAUUAAUGUAAAAAUAAUGGGAAUGCGCUGAGAGGGAAGUGCUUGAAGGCUUGCGGCAGAGAGAAGUGUGUGCGGGUGUUGCUCCCUCCUCAAUAUGUGCCCCAAGAAGUGGCAGCAACAGCAGCAGCAGCAACGACAGCGACAGCGACAGCCACAACGUGCUGCAACCGGAUAAAUUGGAAAAGUUUUUUUGUAAAAUCAAAGAAACAACAACAAAAUCCAGCCAAAAAAAGAAAAAUCUAAAAAAAAAAUAAAAUUUAAAAAAUUUUAACUAAUUUUUUUGUUUGUCUCCCCUCCAACUGCCUUGCAAUAUAUCGUAAAUUGUUUUUUGAAUAUAAAUCUAUAUAUACGUGGGUGUAUAUACUAUAUAUAGCAUUAUAUGUAUUAUAUAUUUGUGUAUCGUGUGUGCGUGUGCCGUGUAUCUAUUCGUGUGCAUUCCAUCCAUUAAUUUUAUAACUCAAUCUAUGCGAAACAAAAUACCUUAAUCUAAAUUGAAAUAAAAACAAUAAAACGAAACGCAACGUGCUGACAAUGCGUUAAAAAUAAUAUUGAAUAAUAAUACAAUCGAUAACUAAAAAAUCAAUUAAAACCCACGAAUCGAUAAAUCGAAUCAAUUUAAAUCCAAAAAAAUGGCGGACAUCAUGCGUCCGCCGUACAGCGAGAUCAAGCGGCCCGACGAAAUCGUCAGAAUGACAACAGCCGACAAUCUGAAGUUCGCCGUCCUCAUCGGCCUCAUCGAGGUGGGGCAGGUCACCAACCGCGAGGUUGUGAACACCGUACUGCAUUUGUUGGUCGGCGGCGAAUUCGAUAUGGAAUUGAAUUUUGUGAUACAGGAUGCGCAGAAUAUCAAACAUAUGCUGGAGCUAUUGGAUCAUUGUCCGCCCAAUUUGCAGGCGGAAAUUUGGAGCGUUUUCAUAGCGAUUCUGCGUAAGAGCGUCCGCAAUCUGCAGGCCUGCACAGACGUUGGUCUCAUCGAGCAUGUCCUCGUCCGGCUGCAGCGCUCCGAAACGGUUGUGGCAGAUCUGCUCAUCGAGAUGCUGGGCGUUUUGGCCAGCUACAGCAUAACGGUCAAGGAGCUGAAGCUGCUCUUCGGAACGAUGAAGGCAACGAAUGGCAAGUGGCCGCGGCACUCGGCCAAAUUGUUGAACGUCCUGCGCCAAAUGCCGCACCGCAACGGGCCCGAUGUGUUCUUCAGCUUUCCGGGCCGCAAGGGAUCGGCCAUGGUCCUGCCGCCGCUGGCCAAAUGGCCGUAUGAGAAUGGAUUUACCUUUACCACAUGGUUUCGCCUGGAUCCCAUUAAUUCGGUGAACAUUGAGCGCGAGAAGCCCUACCUCUACUGCUUCAAGACCUCUAAGGGCGUGGGCUAUACGGCGCACUUUGUGGGCAAUUGUCUGGUCCUCACAUCCAUGAAGGUGAAGGGCAAGGGCUUUCAGCAUUGCGUCAAAUACGAAUUCCAGCCGCGAAAGUGGUAUAUGAUUGCCAUUGUGUAUAUAUACAAUCGUUGGACGAAAAGCGAAAUCAAGUGCCUCGUUAAUGGACAGCUGGCCUCUUCGACCGAAAUGGCCUGGUUUGUCUCGACAAACGAUCCCUUUGACAAGUGCUAUAUUGGCGCCACGCCGGAGCUGGACGAGGAGCGUGUCUUCUGUGGCCAAAUGUCGGCCAUUUAUCUGUUCAGCGAGGCGCUGACCACCCAACAGAUCUGCGCCAUGCAUCGCCUGGGGCCGGGCUAUAAGUCGCAGUUCCGCUUCGAUAACGAAUGCUAUCUGAAUCUGCCGGACAAUCACAAGCGGGUGAGUCACUUUCAACUGUUGCCAGCCUCGUCGCUGAUGGUGGCUGGGGGACUGGGCGUCAGCGGUGGUGGGAGCGGCAGUGGAGCGGGCAGUGGCAGUGCCACCGAUGCCGCUGCGGCAGCCGCCAGCGGCCAACAGCAGUUGCAGCUGCAGUUCCAGACCCUGGCCGCCGAGCAGGUGGCUCGGGCCAUCGACUGGGCCGACGAGCGGCUCGAUCUGAAUGCGGCGUUUGUCAAGAUCCGGGCAGUGCUUACCGCACGCAAUGCCGUGACCCUGGCCGCGCUACCUGGGGCAGGAGCAGCAGCGGGAGCCACGGCUGCAUCAGCCACUGCUCCCGGAGGAGGAGCAGCAACACCCAACGAGAGCGGCAGCGGCGGUGGCAACAACAUCGUGGCUGAUCCACAGCAGCAGCACCAGCAAAGCCCAAUCCCAAGCCAGGGAUCCGCUGGCGGCACUGCGGACGAUCCGCUCGGCCAUUUGCCCACUGGAAAUGCUUCUUUUGACCAACUGCGUCGCAUGUCGAGCAGCGUGAGCAGCCUGAACACCGUAUCCGGUGCCGACACCGAGGAGAUCAACCAGCUGAAAGCUGUGCUGUACGAUGGCAAGCUGUCGAAUGCCAUUGUCUUCAUGUACAAUCCAGUGGCCACCGAUGGCCAGCUCUGUUUGCAGUCAUCCCCCAAGGGAAAUGUAUCAUACUUUGUCCACACGCCGCAUGCGCUGAUGCUGCAGGAUGUUAAGGCGGUGGUCACGCACUCGAUACACUGCACCCUCAACUCCAUUGGCGGCAUCCAGGUGCUGUUCCCGCUGUUCUCGCAGCUGGACAUGGCCCACGAGGGCAUAGGGGACAUCAAGCGGGAUCCCUCCCUUUGCUCGAAGCUGCUGGGUUUCAUCUGUGAACUGGUGGAGACAUCGCAGACGGUGCAGCAGCACAUGAUCCAGAACCGGGGCUUUCUGGUCAUCUCGUUCAUGCUGCAGCGCUCCUCCCGUGAGCAUCUCACGCUGGAGGUGCUCGGCUCGUUCCUCAAUCUGACCAAAUAUCUGGUCACGUGCCUGUCGGCCAACAGCGAUCUGCUGCUGAAACAGUUCUACCAGUUGUUCUGUUUCUCGUUUCUCACGUGGCAGCUGCUCGACCACGUGCUGUUCAACCCAGCACUGUGGAUCUACACGCCGGCGAAUGUCCAGGCCCGACUGUACUCCUAUCUGGCCACCGAGUUCCUCAGCGACACUCAGAUCUACAGCAAUGUGCGACGCGUGAGCACCGUCCUACAGACCGUGCACACCCUCAAGUACUAUUACUGGGUGGUAAAUCCACGUGCCAAGAGCGGCAUCAUACCCAAGGGCCUAGAUGGACCGCGUCCAGCGCAGAAGGAUAUACUGGCCAUACGUGCCUACAUCCUGCUGUUCCUUAAGCAACUGAUAAUGAUCGGCAACGGGGUCAAGGAGGAUGAACUGCAGAGCAUACUCAACUAUUUGACCACCAUGCAUGAGGACGAGAACCUGCACGAUGUGCUGCAAAUGCUCAUCUCAUUGAUGUCGGAGCAUCCCAGCUCCAUGGUACCUGCCUUCGAUGUGAAGCACGGCGUGCGCAGCAUCUUCAAGCUGCUGGCGGCCGAAAGUCAAUUGAUUCGCCUCCAAGCCCUCAAGCUUCUAGGGUUCUUCCUCUCGCGAAGCACACACAACGUAAACUCUUCCUCCCUGGCUAGGCGCAAGUACGACGUGAUGUCGCCCCACAAUCUCUACACACUGCUGGCCGAGCGCCUGCUGCUGUACGAGGAGUCGCUGUCGCUGCCAACCUACAAUGUCCUCUACGAGAUCAUGACGGAGCAUAUCUCGCAGCAGAUCCUCUACACACGCCACCCGGAGCCAGAGAGCCACUAUCGUCUGGAGAAUCCAAUGAUACUGAAGGUGGUGGCCACACUGAUCCGCCAGUCGAAGCAGACAGAGUCGCUGAUCGAUGUGAAGAAGCUGUUCCUGCAGGACAUGACGCUGCUGUGCAACAGCAAUCGGGAGAACCGGCGCACGGUGCUGCAGAUGUCCGUGUGGCAGGAGUGGCUCAUCGCGAUGGCGUACAUUCAUCCCAAGAACAGUGAGGAGCAGAAGAUCAGCGACAUGGUAUACUCGCUCUUCCGCAUGCUCCUGCAUCAUGCCAUCAAGCACGAGUAUGGCGGCUGGCGCGUCUGGGUGGACACCCUGGCCAUCGUCCACUCGAAGGUCUCCUACGAGGAGUUCAAGCUGCAGUUUGCCCAGAUGUACGAGCACUAUGAGCGCCAGCGCACGGACAACAUCACUGAUCCCGCUCUGCGCCAGGCCCGGCCCAUCAGCACGAUCAGCGGCUGGGAGCGCGAGGAGCUGCAGCAGCAGCAGAACGGAGGAGGAGCUGGAGCUCCACCGGCUGCCAUUCAGAGCCAGGCCACGGUGCCGGCUGUGAAGGGAGCCGUGUCCAUUGCCUCGCUGGAGGAUGUGGCCGCCGUCGUCGAGGAGGAGGACGAUAUGGAGGAGGAGACCGUCGAGGAGCUGGAAAGCUUUGAGCUACCUGUCGAUGGCGAAGUAGAUCCCCAGGACCCCGCAGAUACUGCAGAUCCCGAUCCCGAUCGCGAUCCCUCCCUCCGUCCCGGCAGCGCUGAUGGAUCUGAGGCCCCGACGGAUCAGGAGGUGCCAGCCGUGCCGCCGAGCACCAAGUCGGUCAUUGCCAACAUUUCCGACGUGUACAACGAGCAAAUCAAAACGGACGAAGCGCUCCAGGCCACGUCCACAUCCGCGUCAACUCUGGUACCGGCGCCCACCUGCAACGGCAGCCUCGAGUCGGAGCUGGAGCUGGAGAAGGAGAAGAAGCCGCAGUCAGAGGGGGAUCCCACGGCCACACCUUCGGAGGGAGGCCAGGCUGCGCUAAGGAAAGCCCUGCAGCUAGGCGACGACAUGGAUGUGGAGGAGCUAGAGCUGGCCACGGCCAAGGAUGCCCUCGAUGUGGAGCAGCAUGUGGCGCAUGUUCUGCAGUCCUCGGAGGCGGCGCUCAACGACUGCAAGCUGGUCAUGGACGAUGUCCUGCAGGAGGCCUCCUCCGUGCUGAAGGACGAGGAGAUUGAGCUGGCCGUCAACGAAGUGGUCCAGGGUGUUCUCAACAACGAGAAGAAGUCCCAGGAGCAGCAGCAGCAGCAGAAGCAGCAGGAGCCGCAGGAUAAUGUCAGUCUUCUGAAUAGCAAGAAUCUGCUCAACAACAACUACAACAACAACAAUAAUCCCAGUCCCAGUGAAGAAGAGCGCAGAGAGGUGACCACCACCAGAGCCGCAGGGGAUGGAGAGGCGGAUGCGGAGGCGGAGACGGAAACGGAGGUCAAUGCCAACGAGAUCACCAACCACAGUGCCACAGCCACUCCGCUACCGAAGAGCGAGGGUCCCGCGGAAGCAGCGGCAGAAAAAGCGAAAGCGGAAACGGAAACUGCGACGAAAGCUGAAGCGGCAGCGGCUGCGCCAGCAGAAGCGGAACCAAGCCCGAGCCCCACACUAGAAGCAACCAAUCAAAAGACUGAAGAAGCAGACAACAAGCUGAACAAUAACGAGAAAGUCGAGCAGCCAGAGAGCAGCCAGGAGAGCAUCUCCACGCCCGAGAUCAGCGUCAGUCCGGACACCAGCACAGAGCCGGAGAUCGAGGAGAAUCUUCUCCUGCUGCAGUUGGCCGAGUCCGAGGCAGAGCCCCAGUUGAAGUCCGAGGUAGAGCCCGCAGCCGAGCCAAGCGAGGAUCUGGUGGAGCUGGCAGUGCGUGAUAUUGUGGAGCAAUUGAUCGAGAAGGUGAUCGAUGCCACAGCAGCGACAGACGCCCCAGCAGCGACAGACGCCCCAGCCAAAGCCGAGACGGAGACCAACAACAACGAGCUGCCCGGCUCCAAAGGAACGGAAACGGAAGCGGAAGCGGCAGCGGCAGCCAUAGUCGUGCCUGAGGAAGAGAAACCCAAACCGGAGGAAACACCCCAAAGCGUGGCAGCCGCAGCCGAAGAAAUUGUCCACGAGGUGGUCGAGGCUGCUCUUGUCCUCGCCCAGGAAUCCCAACCAAUCCAAGAAGAGCCAGAGAAGACAGAGGAAAAGGACACUAAAACGGUAACAGAGGCCGACACCGAAACGGAAACAAAGGAGCAUGUGACGGCCAUUGUCAACGAAGUGCUGGACACACUGGUGGAGGAGACCGUGAAGGCGGUGGGCGAGACCGUCAACGUCAACAAGGUGGAGGCCUCAGAGCAGACGACCCAAACUUCACCGGCACCGCCGGAGGAGCAGCCAGAAGAGCAGCAGCCGCCUGCUACAGUGGCUCCCACGCCCGGCCGGGUCAAGCCCAUGGAGGUAGACUCGACCACCCAGACAACGCCAAAGAAUGAAGCUGGUAUCGGGGUCAUCCCUUCGCUGUUGACCCAGGAAGAAGUGCAGCUCCAGGAGGAGGAAUCCCAGACAGGGGAGACAGUGGAGGACUGUGAGGAGCCGUCGUCGGGCAUCGAGGGAAACGCUCAGCUCGAGUCCAGUCACUACGCGAAUCCAGCCAGUGGAGAGGCAAAACAGCAACAGCAGCAGCAACCGCAGCAGCAGCAGCGCUCCAAGUCCGGCUCGACGCGUCCCAUGUUCAGUCCGGGACCGACGCGUCCGCCCUUCCGCAUACCGGAAUUCAAGUGGUCGUACAUCCAUCAGCGGCUGCUCAGCGACGUGCUCUUCUCGCUGGAGACGGACAUCCAGGUGUGGCGCAGCCACUCCACCAAGAGCGUCCUGGACUUUGUCAACUCCAGCGAGAAUGCGAUCUUCGUAGUGAACACGGUGCAUCUGAUCUCCCAGUUGGCCGACAAUCUGAUCAUCGCCUGCGGUGGCCUUUUGCCUCUGUUGGCCAGUGCCACAUCUCCGAAUUCGGAGCUGGAUGUGCUGGAGCCGACGCAGGGCAUGCCCCUGGAGGUGGCCGUAUCCUUCUUGCAGCGUCUCGUUAACAUGGCCGAUGUCCUGAUCUUUGCCACCUCGCUGAACUUUGGCGAACUGGAGGCCGAGAAGAACAUGUCCAGCGGUGGGAUACUGCGCCAGUGUCUGCGUCUCGUCUGCACCUGUGCGGUGCGCAACUGCCUCGAGUGCAAGGAGCGUACCCGCUACAAUGUGGGUGCCCUCGCACGGGAUGUGCCCGGGGCGGCGCAUCUGCAGGCACUCAUACGCGGCGCCCAAGCAUCGCCAAAGAAUAUUGUGGAGUCAAUCACCGGUCAAUUAUCGCCCGUCAAGGAUCCCGAGAAGCUUCUGCAGGACAUGGACGUGAAUCGCUUGAGGGCCGUCAUCUAUCGUGAUGUGGAGGAGACGAAGCAAGCGCAGUUCCUCUCUCUGGCCAUUGUCUACUUCAUCUCCGUGCUGAUGGUGUCCAAGUACCGCGACAUUCUGGAGCCACCAGCAGAGCCACAGAUCCAGCGCCAGUCGCCGGUCCUGCAGCGCACCUCAGGCGGCGAAGCCGCCAGUGCGCGCCCUCUCUUCCCCCAAUGGUCGCACCAUGUCUACCCGCAAUUCCUGCCCGAAUCGCACCAGAAUCAUGUGGCUGCCGCCUCCUCCAUGCAACACCAGCAGCAGCAGCAACAUUACUACCACCAGCAACAGCAACAGCAGAUGCAACAACAGACAUCCCAUAACCAUAGCCACCAUCAUACGAGUAUGACGGCUGCCUACUACCAGCAACAGCAGCAGCAGGCAGCAGCUACACAACAGCAGCAGCAGCAGCAGCAUCAACAGCACCAGCAGCAGCAACAGCUUGGUGGCAACAUCUCACCCACACCCUUGGCCACGCACUCGAGCAGCUCGUCCGCAAGCUCGACAGCCACCUCGCAGCCGGCAUCGAGCUCCUCGCUUUCCUCGCUGGCCUCUCAAAGCCACCAGCAGACGCACCGGCAGCUCCACAAGCAGCAACAGCAGCAGCAGCAGCAGCAACACUACCAUCCUCACCAACAGCAGUCCCACUAUGGACUGAUCAAUGGCCAUCAGCAGCAACAGCAGCAGCAGCAGUUGAAUGGGAAGCAUUAUGGGGAGAAUGGAUCCACAGCUGGCUAUCAUCAGCAUCCGCACUCUCAUUCGCAUCCGCAUGCUUAUGUGCGCAACGGAGAGACUGCCACACAGCAGAAUAGAUUGGCAGAGUACCAGAUGCCUGGAGGAGCAGCCGCUGGCACUGCAACUGGAACUGUAGCUGGAGGAGCUAUAGCUGGAGGCCUGGUGAAUGGCCAUGCCACGGGUGGUGGCAACAACAAUAAUGCCAACAUGAUGAACAACAUGCGGAAUCUGAGAAACGGCCACAGUGCUGCCACACCAUCUGUUGGUGGAGCUGUGGUUGGGACAGGAGCUGGAUCUGGACCUGGAUCUGGAGGCGGCAUGAGCAACAUGAACAUGAACAUGGGCAUGGGAAUGGGCAUGGGAAUGGGUAUGGGGAUAGGCAUGGGAAUGGAAGGAGACGGUGAUGUUGGCGUAGGCGUAGGCGGAGGCGUGGCGUACAAGACAAACGCCAUAAACAAUAAUUACCGCUACAAUGGACAACGCACCGCAUCCGAUUCCGGCUCUGGAACAGGUGGACGCCAGAUCCAGGACAGCGACUAUGAAAUUAUUGUCGUGGAUGAGAACAAUCCGUCGGUGCUGGCGGAUAAUGAUUCGCAUUCGAGCGGACCGCCAUCGAUCAAGAGCGUCGACUCGGACGUGGGCUCCCUGAACAUGAACUCAACCGAAAACGAAGUUCCUGAGGUGGAGUCCUCCAGCGAGAUCCUGAUCGAUGACCACCACAAGCCCAGCCACUCGAACGACGAGAGCUGGACGGAUGUGAAUCUGAACGAGGAUGCCGCCGUUCAGGCGGCCAGCGCCGGAAUGGUGGUGGGACUCGUCGACAGUGGGGACAAGCACGAUCCCUCCUCGGCCACCCAUCCCCAUUCCCAGCAUGGACAGCAGGGAGGCGCCGCAGGAGCAGGCGGGCCACAGCAGCAGCAGCAGCAGCAGCAACAGCAGCACGGACCACUGGGUCAUGGGAUCAUGGGCGGAGAACGGGGCGACAAGCCCGACUCGGAGAUCUCUGUGGUGCGGGUUCCCGAUGGUUAUGGCAGCGGCUCGACGGGCUCUGCCUCCGGGGCGCCCGUAGGACCCGGCCAGGGCGUCGGCGGUGGCCAACGUCCGCGGCCCGAGGAGCUGCCAAUGAAGGCUCCGGCACUCGUGGCCCAGCUGCCGCUUACGACGCCCUCCCGGGAGGCGAGUCUCACACAGAAGCUGGAGAUCGCCCUGGGACCGGUGUGUCCGCUGCUGCGCGAGAUUAUGGUGGACUUUGCCCCGUUCCUGUCCAAGACGCUGGUCGGCUCGCACGGCCAGGAGCUGCUGAUGGAGGGCAAGGGCCUGACCACCUUCAAGAACUCGCACUCGGUGGUGGAGCUGGUGAUGCUGCUCUGCUCACAGGAGUGGCAGAACAGCCUCCAGAAGCACGCCGGCCUCGCCUUCAUCGAGCUGAUCAACGAGGGCCGUCUGCUCUCGCACGCCAUGAAGGACCACAUCGUGCGCGUGGCCAACGAAGCGGAGUUCAUCCUCAAUCGGAUGCGGGCCGACGAUGUCCUGAAACACGCCGACUUCGAGUCACAGUGCGCCCAGACGCUGCUGGAGCGGCGCGAGGAGGAGCGAAUGUGCGACCACCUCAUCACCGCUGCCCGUCGUCGGGACAAUGUCAUCGCCAGCCGCCUCCUGGAGAAGGUGCGCAACAUCAUGUGCAACCGCCACGGCGCCUGGGGCGAUGUCAAUGGUGUGGGCUCGGGCGCUGGUGUGGGGCCAGUUGCGAUUCAGAAGAGCACCUACUGGAAGCUGGAUGCCUGGGAAGACGAUGCCCGCCGGCGCAAGCGGAUGGUGCAGAACCCCCGCGGCUCCUCCCACCCGCAGGCCACGCUGAAGGCGGCCCUCGAGAACGGAGGGCCCGAGGACGCCAUACUGCAGACGCGCGACGAGUUCCACACCCAGAUCGCCGUCUCGCGGGCCCAUCCCUCGGCCCAGCACAACGGAGAGCUGCUGGACGAUGCCGAGCUGCUGAUCGAGGACCGGGAGCUGGACCUCGAUCUCACGGGGCCGGUGAACAUCAGCACGAAGGCGCGCCUGAUUGCCCCCGGACUGGUGGCCCCUGGCACCGUCUCGAUCACUAGCACGGAGAUGUUCUUUGAGGUGGACGAGGAGCAUCCGGAGUUCCAGAAGAUCGACGGCGAGGUGCUCAAGUACUGCGAUCAUCUGCACGGCAAGUGGUACUUCUCGGAGGUGCGCGCGAUCUUCUCACGCCGCUACCUGCUGCAGAACGUCGCCCUGGAGAUAUUCCUGGCGAGCCGCACCUCCAUCCUGUUCGCCUUUCCCGACCAGCACACCGUCAAGAAAGUGAUCAAGGCCCUGCCGCGUGUGGGCGUUGGCAUCAAGUACGGCAUACCGCAGACGCGUCGCGCCUCUAUGAUGUCCCCCCGCCAGCUAAUGCGCAACUCGAACAUGACCCAGAAGUGGCAGCGGCGCGAGAUCUCCAACUUCGAGUACUUGAUGUUCCUGAACACGAUCGCGGGGCGGACAUACAACGACCUCAACCAGUAUCCCAUCUUCCCCUGGGUGCUGACCAACUACGAGUCGAAGGACCUGGACCUCAGCCUGCCCUCCAACUACCGGGAUCUGUCCAAGCCGAUCGGCGCCCUGAAUCCGUCGCGUCGCGCCUACUUCGAGGAGCGGUACGAGAGCUGGGACAGCGACACCAUUCCGCCCUUCCACUACGGCACCCACUACUCGACGGCGGCCUUCACUCUCAACUGGCUGGUGCGCGUGGAGCCCUUCACGACCAUGUUCCUGGCGCUGCAGGGCGGCAAGUUCGACUAUCCGGACAGGUUGUUCUCGUCCGUGUCGCUGUCGUGGAAGAACUGCCAGCGGGACACGUCGGAUGUGAAGGAGCUGAUACCAGAGUGGUAUUUCCUGCCGGAGAUGUUCUACAAUGCCUCCGGCUACAGACUGGGACACCGCGAGGACGGGGCCCUGGUGGACGACAUCGAGCUGCCGCCGUGGGCCAAGAGCCCCGAGGAGUUCGUACGCAUCAAUCGCAUGGCCUUGGAGUCGGAGUUCGUCUCCUGCCAGCUGCACCAGUGGAUCGAUCUGAUAUUCGGCUACAAGCAGCGCGGACCCGAGGCCAUCCGGGCCACCAAUGUCUUCUACUAUCUCACCUACGAGGGCAGCGUCGAUCUGGACGGCGUCCUCGAUCCGGUGAUGCGCGAAGCGGUCGAGAACCAGAUCCGCAACUUUGGCCAGACGCCCAGCCAGCUGCUGAUGGAGCCCCAUCCGCCGCGCAGCUCCGCCAUGCAUCUCUCCCCCAUGAUGUUCAGCGCCAUGCCCGAGGAUCUGUGCCAAAUGCUCAAGUUCUACCAGAACUCGCCGGUCAUCCACAUCUCGGCCAACACGUACCCACAGCUGUCGCUGCCGUCCGUCGUCACCGUGACCGCCGGGCAUCAGUUUGCGGUCAAUCGCUGGAACUGCAACUACACCGCAUCCGUCCAGAGUCCCAGCUAUGCUGAGUCGCCCCAGUCGCCCGGUUCCAAUCAGCCGCUGACCAUCGACCCGGUUCUCGCUGUGCACGGCGCCAAUAACAACAGCAACGCGGUGAGCCGCCGCCAUUUGGGGGACAACUUCAGCCAAAUGCUGAAGAUCCGAUCCAACUGCUUUGUGACCACGGUGGAUAGCCGUUUCCUGAUUGCCUGCGGCUUCUGGGACAACAGUUUCCGCGUCUUUGCCACCGAAACGGCGAAAAUCGUACAGAUAGUGUUCGGACACUUUGGGGUGGUCACCUGCAUGGCCCGCUCGGAGUGCAACAUCACAUCCGACUGCUACAUCGCAUCGGGAUCGGCGGACUGCACGGUGCUGCUGUGGCACUGGAAUGCCCGCACCCAGAGCAUUGUGGGCGAGGGCGACGUGCCCACACCGCGGGCCACCCUCACGGGCCACGAACAGGCCGUCACCUCGGUGGUGAUCAGCGCCGAGCUGGGCCUAGUCGUCUCCGGGUCAUCCAAUGGUCCCGUGCUCAUACACACGACGUUCGGGGAUCUGCUGCGUUCGCUGGACCCGCCAUCGGAGUUUCAUUCCCCGGAGCUGAUCACCAUGUCCCGGGAGGGCUUCAUUGUGAUCAACUACGACAAGGGAAAUGUGGCCGCCUACACUAUCAAUGGCAAGAAGCUGCGCCAUGAGACGCACAACGACAAUCUGCAGUGCAUGCUGCUGUCGCGCGAUGGCGAAUACCUGAUGACCGCCGGCGAUCGUGGCAUCGUGGAGGUGUGGCGCACCUUUAACCUAGCACCACUCUAUGCCUUCCCCGCAUGCAAUGCGGGCAUACGAUCCCUGGCCUUGACACACGAUCAAAAAUAUCUGCUGGCUGGACUCUCCACGGGCUCGAUCAUUGUGUUUCACAUCGACUUUAACCGCUGGCACCACGAGUACCAGCAGCGCUACUAAUCCAAGCCACUGACAUUCCAAUCCCUGGAGAACACGCGCCGAUCGACGCCAAGGAGAAAGAGAGUGAAAGCAGAUGUACUUAAAAGAAUGAUGAAUGGAGACGGAGAGGGAGAGGGAGAGCAGCAGCGUGCGUUCGAGGAAUGGGCGUGAGAUGAUCGUUUUUUUUUCUAUAGACCUUUACAAACUUUAGGCUAGUAAGCAACACUAUGGUUUUUUUUUUGUCUAGUAAUAAUUGUGCGUUGGUGUGUUGGUCGAAAACAAAAGGAAAAUUACAAAAAAAAAAAAAAACACAAAAAAAAAACACAAAAAAAAACAGAACAGAAAAGAUAACAUUUUUUUACUAGAUUUACGAAUUGUAUGUUAGGUUAUGGCAAUGGAAAUGGCGACAGAGAAAUGUGCGGGGAAAAGAGAGGAGCAAAAGAGGAAGUAGGAAUGGAAUAAAGAGAGGUAAGGAGACGUGGAGUCGUCUGUAGGAGGUAGGAAGCGGCUUAAGUAAGUAGUUGAAAUAAGACAAAUGAAGUUAGUGUUUAUAAAACGCAAUAAGCAGUUAAUAAAUAUAAAUCUACAACUAAAUCUACAGCUAAUUCCCACAUGCAUUACUAUAAUAACAAUUGUAGCAAAGUUCUCAAAAGAAAGUAAAUCGAUAACAAGCCUAAAAAACGCAAUUAAAGGAAGCCGAAGAAGGCGGAAACGGAAGCGGAAACGGAAGCGGGAAUAUAUAAUGAAACUAAAGCGGCCAAAAGUAGGAAUGAGGGAAGCGAGGAGGAAAGAGCAAGGAAAUAAAGCCAAUUUUUAAUUAUAGCGUUAGUUCUCUGAGCCACACACAAAGCUACCCACAGAUAUACACAGAUACACGAAAACACACACAGACAUCUACAAGCAAAGUAUAGGCGAUAACUAAGAAAGGAGGGAAUAGAGAGAGAAUAAAGAGCGGAAUUUUAAUACACACAGACACUCCCACACAGACGCACACCGGCACACACACUGACACGUAUAGGUAUUUGUAGCUAAACUAAAACUAAUUCUUAGCUCCGCAAAACUAAAUCUUAAACCCCUAAAUUAUCACAGCACUGCUAAAACGGGCCACACAUAAAUAUACACGAAUAUGAAUAAAUAUAUACAUACAUUUAUCCAACCGAAUUGCAGACAUUUUGUUCUGGUUCUACCUACAAAAAAUAUCACGCAUACGCCAUGCGGCACGUCGCGCGCUUGUCUUAAAAUAAAGGGGAUAAAGGAUAAAGAAGGGGAGAAAAACCAGAAGGAAAGUUUGAUUGAUUAGUAAUUUUAAGAGCAGGCAUUAUUUAAUCUAAUUCUACUUGAUUCCACUCCACUUUUGUUGUUUAGCAAUAUAUUUUAGAUAAAAGUGAGAGAGAGAAUGAGAGAGAGAGAGAGAGAGAGAAAGAACGAGAGAAACAUGUUCAAUAACGUCCAAAAUUAGCUUAACCCCUCCCACACACACAAUUGGCUUCCCUGAAACCCCAAUCAUGUACGUCCAGAACGAAGUGUUUUAUAUUGUUAGUAGACUAUAUUUGUAUUUGUAUUUGUAUUUGUAUUUUGUGAGCCUCUAGCUACUGGUUGUCUGGAAGACAAGGCGUUGUUUGACUCUUGUUUUCUUUGCCAUUGAUUUUCAAUCGAUUUGAUAAACCAAAACUAAAACCAAACCACAAUCCAUCCACGGCGCACCACUCUGGCACUUACCGAUUAGAUAUGUAUAUACAUAAAUAUAUAUAUAUAUAUAUACAUAUAUAUAUAUAAUUACCGAUAAAACGAAUGAUAAAGAAAGAUUAUUACGAGUAAAAUAAUGAUAAUACUUCAAGUAUGAAAAUGAAUAGAGAUUAAUGGAACACGUUCGGUUGUAAAAGCGCAAAAGCGAAAUUGAAUCAAGUCCAGCUAUAAAAACCUCCCCAUAUACAUAUGCUAUGUGACAUAAUAUUUUUUUCUGAUUUGGAUCCAAUGCCUAUCAUCCGUGGAAAGGAAGUUGUCCACUUUAAGUGAAGGGCUCAAAUUUGCAUCAAGAUUUCCACUAAGAUAAUGAAUGAUAGACGAAAUGAUAGCAGCAAACAAUUUAUUUCCUAUUUCUUUGAGUGUGUGUGUGUGUUUGUGUGUGUGAGUAAAUGUCUAUGUGGAGUAUGCUUGUGUGUGUGUGUGUGUG